AUGAGGCCUGCCCUCAAAGAGGAGACAGACAAGGUUGCAAUACAAUGUGAAGAGUGGAGGAAGUCCUGGGUGAAGAAAGAACAUUUAGAAGAGAUCAAGGGAGGCUUAGAGGGCUUCCUGGAGGAGGUGACACUGGAGCCGACUUCUGCCAAGUACACUAGCAGUGAGCCAGGAAAGGCCCUGGAAGGGAUGAGGGAAAUCAAAGAGAGCAAGGGGCAGAGCACGUGGAAGAAAGAAGUGAGGCCAGGGGAGGAGACUGAAGCAAAGCAGCAGCCUGACCUCGUCUACUUGGAGAAAAACAGGAAGCUGGGCUCUGCCAGGAAUCGGAACACACCCUUCCUCAGCUCUGGGCUGGAGGAUGCUGCAGUGAUUGCCGGGAGGGGCGGAAGCACGGAGCCGCCCCUCGGGAGCGUGGCGAGUCUGUCCAGGGCGCCGCAGCAAUGGGCCACUUUAGCCCGAGUUUGGUAUCUCCUAGAUGGGAAGAUGCAGCCCCCUGGCAAGCUUGCUGCCCUGGCAUCAGUUAGACUUCAAGGAUUGCAUAAGCCUGUGUACCGUCAACUGAGUGACUGUCGGGAUCAUAUUGUCAUCAUGAACACAAGGCACAUUGCCUUUUCUGGAAACAAGUGGGAGCACAAAGUGUUGUCCUCACACUACCCAGGUGGAUUUAAACGAGUAACAGCGGCUCAGCUUCACCAGAAGGAUCCAGUAGCCAUUGUAAAACUAGCUAUUUAUGGCAUGCUGCCAAAAAGCCUUCACAGAAGAACUCUGAUGCAGAGGCUGCAUCUUUUCCCAGAUGAAGAUAUACCAGAAGAUAUUCUUAAGAAUUUAACAGAAGAGCUUCCUCAACCACGAAAAGUGCCCAGAUGUCUAGAUGAGUACACGCAAGAAGAAUUAGAGGCUUUUCCAAGAGUUUGGUCUCCACCUGAGGAUUAUCGGCUGUAG